GGCGUUGACACAUUAAGUAAUCAAUACGUUCAGUCACUGCAGCGAGUAGUCACUUCAACCUCAAGUACAAUCAUCACAUACCAUCCCAUUGCAGUAUAACUAGAGUCCCCAUCCGUGAAUAUAGAACAACCGUAAUUUCUUCGAAGAUAUUCCCCCGUAAAGGGUUAAAAACCGAACGCAAGGAAAAGCUGACCCAGUUUCAAAGGUGUUCCAACCAUUUGACCGUGUGAGAAAACACAGCGCGUCGGAUAAUGAACAGAGGGUAGUGCUCGCUGGAGAGUUUGCAAUUGGUUUAUCGGCAGUUAGGUAAAACGGAGACGAAAUAGGGCCAGGCGAGGCUCUGAAGCGUUCGCUGGUGAAAUUUGCAGGGAAAACCGCAAGCUUGCGUCGGGGAGGCGCGCAGUUAGCGCUCGAACAGGCCUAAAUGAAGAGCGAUCGUCGCAGGGACAGGUGAUCGAUAGGGAUUGCGAGGAGCCGCGCGAUUCUGGAAGCGUGUGUGCGCUCGCGCGGAGAUCGCAGGCUGAUCGUGGCGGUAACACGCGAGGGGAGGGACGGAGAGCAAGAUGAAACUCUUCCUGAUUCUCGUCUGUCUAAUUGCACCGCCCAUCCUCUCGCUCUCGAUCAAGAGCAAGUUGAAUCCACGGAUCGUUCAAACAAGGUACGGCGAGGUGCAGGGCUUGAUACGGUCCUUCGAGUACGCAAAGUUCCUCAAACCGAUCGACGUCUAUCUUGGGAUACCCUACGCCACUCCACCGGUCGGGGGCAACAGAUUCUCGCCGACCAGGGCACCCAGCCCGUGGGAAGGUGUCAGAUUAUCGGAUUCAAUCGGCCCAGUCUGUCCCCAAAAGCUGCCCGACAUCUCGAAUGAGCAAGAAGCACUGGAACGUAUGCCGAAAGGCCGAUUAGAGUACUUGAAGCGUCUGCUGCCUCAUCUACGGAAUCAGAGCGAGGAUUGUCUCUAUCUGAACAUCUACGCACCGGCUAUGGGCAUGGCAGACAGCGGAAGGAGGCAUCCGGUGCUGCUGUAUAUCCACGGCGAGAGCUACGACUGGGGCAGCGGAAACCCGUACGACGGUAGCGUGCUGGCCAGCUACACCGACCAAGUGAUCGUAACGAUGAACUACCGUCUGGGCGUGCUCGGCUUCCUGAACGCCAACGUGGCGCCUCAGACCAAGGCAAGGGUCGCGAAUUACGGUCUCAUGGAUCAGAUCGCGGCUCUUCACUGGGUCAAAGAGCAUAUCGCCUUGUUUGGCGGCGAUCCCAACAACGUGACGCUGAUGGGCCAAGGAACUGGCGCUGCCUGUGUUCAUUUUCUCGCCAUCAGCCCCACUGUCAUUCGAGGCCUGUUCAAAAGAGCCAUCCUUCUGUCAGGAAGUGCCCUAUCAUCGUGGGCAGUGGUCGAGGAUCCUGUUUCGUACGCUUUGAAGCUGGCCAGAGCUGUCAAUUGCUCGAUUCCCGAGGAUCUGCUCAAAGAUAACGAGCUGAUCGUCGAUUGCCUUCGAGAGCGUAGUUUGGAAGAGUUGAUGCAAGUUGAUAUCCAACCGCCGACCUUUCUCAGCGCUUUCGGACCCAGCGUGGAUGGCGUGGUCAUUAAACCGGACUUCCAAAAGGAUCUAUUGUCCUACAUGGGUCCAGAGUUCCAAGGUUUCGGGCCACUUCCAAAGAAGGCAGAACACGGUGCACCAAUUACAAGCAACAACAAGUACGACCUGUUGUUUGGAGUGACAACGAGUGAGGCUUUGUGGAAAUUCUCUGAAAAGGACGUUCAGCAAGGAUUCGAAGGAGAAAGGCGAGACAGAAUAAUCAGAACGUACGUGAGGAACGCGUACGUCUAUCAUCUGACAGAAAUAUUUUACACCGUGGUGAACGAAUAUACGGAUUGGGAGCGAACGGUGCAGCAUCCCGUGAACACGAGAGAUGCCUGCAUCCAGGCGUUGAGCGACGCCCAAUUUGUGGCGCCCUUGGUGCAAACUGGAGAUUUGUUCACCCUGCGACACACGAAGGAACCGAACAACCCCCACAUAGCACCGAUACCGGAGAGCGAGAAAGAACCGAUGCCCAAAACGUACUUCUACGUGUUCGACUACCAGAUGAAGGAGGGCGAUUAUCCUCAGAAGAUGGGCUCCGUUCACGGCGAAGAGUUGCCAUUCGUUUUCGGUGCACCAUUGGUGGAUGGUUUCGGCCACUUCCCAAGAAACUAUACCAGAUCUGAAGUGGCACUUUCGGAGAGCAUCGUACAGUACUUCGCCAACUUCGUCAGAACUGGGAACCCGAACGUGAUCGAUCACCACGGUCGAAACGACACGCUGCUGCCUGCCAGCCGGGAGAAAAGCCGUUUCCGUAGUGUGACAUGGGAUCAAUACGACCCGGUGCAUCAGAAGUACCUGGAGAUCGGCUGGAGACCAAAGAUGAAGAACCAUUAUCGAGCUCAUCAGCUGUCGGUGUGGCUGCGUUUGGUGCCCGAGCUCCAUCGAGCAGGAAUGGAGGACGUGGACUCCAGACACAAUCUGUUCCGAGGCCACUCGGAUCCCAGCCUUUACGACGGAUCCGUGAGACCCGAUCCGUUGAGCAGGAUCAGCGAGGAAUUCAAAAGGAAGAACAUCACCACGGAACCACCGACUACGACCGACUACAACGCGGCCACGUGUGUCAGCUACAUCCAAAGUACGAACCUUCAGACCGUUCAUAACGCCAGCACGGACACUUUGGCCAGCCUGGAUGCAGCUGGAUACAACGCGUACUCGACAGCUCUGAGCGUCACAAUCGCGAUUGGCUGCAGCUUGUUGAUCCUCAACGUCCUCAUUUUUGCUGGCGUCUACUAUCAGAGGGACAAAACGAGACACGAGGUGAAGAGCCUUCAGCAGCAACAAAUGUUGAAUCAACAGUGCGGUCCACGAGGAUUCACCGAGCUGAAACAACCACCGCCCCCUCACUCGCACUUCCCUGGAAGCGGCCAGAUUAUCGUGGACGUUGAAAACGAGAUGUUGAGAAGGAACGUUAUGAAAGGUCCUCCGAACGAUCCCAACACGCUUCUCCAACAGGGCCAGGGAACUCAUACGUUGCCCCAUCAACAUCAUUAUCAAAAGCAACAUCAACAACAGCAUGCCACUCUUCCCCGAGCUUCCGUCAUACAGGACAUGAACGCACAAACCCAAGGUCCACCAAACGGGUCAAUACAUCUGACAGUACCAAGAGCCCCACCGCCCCCACGAGCAAAGAGCCCGCCCGAGAACCAGCCCCUGUUGCAAAGUGCCACCGUGUCGAGUCGCGUGUCCCACGCCACCAUGAGCGAGAUGAGAGUGUGAUGCUUGGACCCCCCUCCGAAACCGGUCGUCCCGGAUGUCUUGACGGCAUCGACCUUACUGUAAAACCGUGUUCCGGUCCGUCGAGCUUCCAGCGGUGUGAUCCUUGGAAGUUUUUCGACGAACGAUCGACCGGCACCUGGUCCGACAACGCGUUGAUACCACGACUUUCAACUCGUCCAGGUGACGACGAGCGGAUAAUCAACGGAGGGGGGUGAACGGAGCUCUACGCUCGCUACUGAAGAGAAUCGAGUACUAGAAGAAUGGAGUACCGGGUAUCCAUCGAAGGAACUCGAGGAGAUUGAAGAGGAUCUCAAAGAGGAAAUUCUGGUUCGACUUCGAUUCGGAUAUCUUGGGAAGCAAAGAAGAAAUCACAACCGUGUGUUGUCUGGGUUCCUCUUUCGAAUUGGAAGCUUGAUAACCUUGACCGAUGUAAAAGGAUCUUUGAUGUAACCAAAAUUGAAUCUUAAGGAGAAAAGAGAUUCGAUUUGAUGAAGAUUUGAUGUUGAAGACUGAUGCAGAUAUGUUGAAGAACGUUGCUUCGAUGGAUACCAGAAGUGUAUCGUGUUCGGGGAUGAUCGAUCACGAAUAUCGACGAUGUAUCGAAACGCAGACGCCAAAGGGCGGUUCUUUCCACGAUUAAUCGAACUUCAAUCAAAAAAAGCGAAUACCAUUUUAUGGUGGAAAUCAAACGUACAGUCAGCUAGCUAGUCGAUAAUAAUGAAUUCGUAGGUGUUAAAGGGAGAAGCUCAACAGUCAUUGAAUCGAUCAUGAAGACCCGUGUAUAAAAAACGACUUAUCCACUACGAUGUUAGAUGUUCCUUGUAAAUAAAAGAAUAAAAAAGUGAAUUUAUACCGUAAGAAAGCCAAAAAAGAACGUUUGCUACUUUCUAAGGAGACGUGUAACUCGUGUCGUAUCGUUUGAUCGUCCACUCUGAUUUCCUCUUAUUUUUAUUCCUUUCUUCUUUCAUCUGACUGUGAACGUUACAUGAUGUAAGUGUGAGAGAACCAUUCGAAUCAUUACUCGACAAUUUGAUCCACUACUUUUGAUUGGUCGAAGAAUUCAUUUGUAGCUUUGUUCGAUCGGCAAUGUUUUAGUUCCUUCAUUAAAUCGAGCCGGGAAUCGGUAGAUCGCCUCCUACACAAAGGACCGUCCAUAAUUACAUUUUUGCAAAUGACAAAAUUGAUCCUCAGAAUUUGUCUUUAACACUAUUAAAUUAUUUUGACUCUGACAUAAAAUAAAUCUUGCAAGUAAAAAAUUAAUCUUACAAAAUUGGCAGUUGAAAUUGUAGUUGAUAUAAAUUGAUAUUUUUAAGUUGGGAACUUAAAUGUUCUUCUACGAAUCAAAAGUUUCGAUCAUCGAUGGCCAAAAUCAUUUCCCGAUGCAUACUGCCACUCAUUCUAAAUUCAUAAACAAUAAUCGAGGAACGUUCCCUUUCGACGAUAACCGCGUCUAUGUAACGGUACAUGGUGAUCGCCAUUUUUUCUACGUUUUUGGUAACACUGAGAAAUCUACCGAAAAGAUUUCCUUUCACUCUACCACGUACACAAAAAAGAAAUGCGAGCAGAAUCAUGUAGAAUGCCCCACAUCAAGCUCAAUUCACAUUGACAGUUCAAUCAUUUCAAUCGAAACAGAUCUUUCUUUGAGAAUCCUUGUAUAAAUAUGAAAGACAAUCGAGGAACGUUACUCCAAAUUUUACAUUAAUCCGCCUUUUUUCCUUGGGUAGUAUCUUUUCAGGUAGAAUCUUGCAUUGUUUGAAACGAAUCGUGGUUGAACUGUGACUGUGAAUUGACAAACCGAGAAAUUGCGUGUACACUUGAGUGCAAUGUAGGCUUCUUCUGGUCGUACAAGUAAAUGUAGAAAGAGAAAUCGAGUUAUAUUGCCAUGAGUAUUCGUAAUGCGUUGUGUGAAAGCGUUGUAACUCGAUACGUGGUGGUUUCAUGUGUCAUAUUACCACGCGUUGAAAUUCGAUACACUGUACGCUGAAGCGUAGUAAUUCGAUACAUUGCGAUUCGAAGCGUUGUAACUCGAUACGUGGUGGUUUCACGUGUCAUAUUACCACGCGUUGAAAUUCGACACCUUGUAAUUCGAUACGUUGCGAUUCGAAGCGUUGUAACUCGAUACAUGGUGGUCUCACGUGUCAUAUUACCACGCGUUGAAAUUCGACACCUUGUAAUUCGAUACACUGUACGCUAAAGCGUAGUAAUUCGAUACGUUGCGAUUCGAAGCGUUGUAACUCGAUACGUGGUGGCCUCACGUGUCAUAUUACCACGCGUUGAAAUUCAACACCUUGUAAUUCGAUACAUUGUAAGUUAAAGCGUUAUAUCAACACGUAUUGUAAUUCAAUAUGCCACGAUUCUGUGCGUUGUAAUCUGACACGUCACAAUAUCACGAAUAUCAUCACAACAUUGAACGGGAAAGGACUAAAUUGCACUUAAUUGUAAAUCGCAGUUAGUUAUAGAAAUAACCAUCCUUUCAGAAAAUCGUCGAAAGCUCAUAAAACCUUCGCACACGAAAAGGAAAAAAUGAUUCGCAUGAAAUUCAAGGUGUACGUGAUUUUUUUGUAAAGAUAUACGUAUACAUAUAGGUGUAACAUAAAGACUAACGUAAAUCUGUUAUUAUGCGUAACGCACUGCCACAGGACUCGGAAAUUCACGCAGGAUAAGAUCGUAAUAAUUUCCCUGGUCGGUUUGGAUCAUAAAGACUGUCUUUCAAUGUGAUUUUAUUCUUUGAAGCAGCCUUCGAAAACAAUAAUUAUGUAACAAUUCUGCCAAAAUUCUUCGCAUACUUUUUAAAUAAAUAUGAGACACGUCGCUGUAUUAAUGGAAACAGGCUUCAAGGAAUGAAUCACUGUCGCUGUUGUCGAAUAAUCAAAAUUUUCUAAACAGAACCGUCGAAUUAAAUUAAACGUGUAUCCACAAUUUUUAUUACAAAAUUACGGUGUACGUGAAAUAUAAAUCAAAGUAAAAGUUCGAGACACCAAACCGCCAUACUGCGUUCAUGGUGAACGUGUGAACAGAUGUUUUUAAUUGAUUUGAAGGUUUUUAAUAGAAACUCUGUCGUGAGGACCGAGCUUAAACGGGGAAAAAGAGCGCGUGUUAAUAUAAAAGAAAUCAAAGUUUUUGUACAUACAUUAAGCGAUUAAAAUAAUAAAACAGAAAUUAAAGAACUCGAUGUUCGCCAAGCUGUUUUCAAGACCGAAAUCAGCCGAACAUUUUCAAUAUUAUCGUGAAUGGAACAAAAGAUCACACGGAAUAUAGUAGCGCAGAAUCAAACGAUUAUUUUUCCUUUUUUUUUCUAUGAUCACUUGGGAAAAAUAAUGGAACUUCGUGAAAGAGUUACGUAAUAAAAUAUCAUUAAGUACGGACAAUCCGAAUAUACUAAAAACUAAACGAAAAGCGAGUAACAGUAGACGUAAUUAAGAACAAGCCAUUGUCGGUGAAAGAAAAUGAAAAGAGUAAAAGAGCAACGCUAAAGGAAACAUUGAACCGAUUAAACAAGUGUUUAAGAAAAUUUAAAUAACAUAUAUUAAAGAUACAUAUUAUGGAUUGUAAUGAAUUUAUUAUGACGAAUAUUAUUAUAUUUAUGUGACUUUUAGCUGGCCUCGCGCUCGACCGGAAAGAUAUCUCGAAAACAAUUUC